AUGCACAGGUAUAUGAUUGACGUUUCCCCUAAUGUAACAGCGAGAGAAGGAAUAAAAUGUGAUAAAAAUAAUGAAAUUGCGGGAUAUGAAUCCUUCAGGUAUACAAGUUCUGAUGGGCAACCAUUUUAUAUAUCAGUUCUAUAUUUUAAUGGAAGACCACUUAAAGGCAUAAUACUUUCAAUUAUCAGAAUAAAUUAUCUAAAAACAUAUUUCAAGGAGGAUAAACUACUGCUGAUACAUAUUGUUUUGUAUGAUGCAACGAACAUCUACUACCUAAAUCAAGACACCACCGCAGAAGUAGGAGAUGUGACAUUUACGGAAAUUACCCCUCAAAGUAAACAGCCUAUAGACACUAGUGAGCUUACUCUGAUUUUCUCUAACAUAGAGACAAAUGGUGGAUUUAAUUUCCCUGAGUUUUAUAGGCGGGACAGAUCUACUGCACUCCAAAUUUUUAGUGACUUAGACCUUGUAUUUAAUCUCGAGAGAACUUCCUUAGGUUCUGGUCCAAAUAACUAUCUCUCUGAGAUUUCUACAAGAAAUAUAGCUCUAAAAGAAAAUGAAAUAUCGAAUGGUAGUUUUAAAAAGGUAAAGCAUGCUUUAGUUGACAAAUCAUUCAAGAUUAAAGGAAUUAAACUUAGAAACGGAAAUUACAUGAAAGUGAAGGGCGGUCUUCCAACUGGCAUCUUGGAGGGGUUCAAUGUAUACUAUAGAGAUAGUGAUUAUAGUAAUCCCUUGCUUGUGGAAUUGUUAGAGAUCUGUCCACUCCCUGAUAAUUAUGUUAAGACUAAAUUCUAUCUUACCAUGAAUGAAGAUGACGGAAGGUGGGAUAUUCGCAAGAUAUUUUCAGUUGUUGAUGAGAAAACUGAACUUCCAACUCUACUCCAGAACAUAGUUACACAUAAUAGGCUUAUGGUUGAUGGUAUAAUAGGUGGAGAACUCAAGAACAAGCUUUAUGAUAUAAGACAAUGUUUUUCCAUAGACUUGACUCAGGUACCUUCCCUGGGAAGGAUCUCGUACUAUCUUUUUGAUGGGAUGUGUAUUCCUUAUAGAAGGGAAAAAGAUCCAGUCGGAGGCUAUUAUCUAGUUAGACAUGCAACUAUUCCUCAUUUUACUAUCCAGAGGAUUAAAGUUACUAAGACUAAGGAACUUACCGAAGAUAAUAUUCCUCCAUUGGGCACAUUAUUUGGGAGACUAAAUGCCUACUACACUGACAAUUCAUACAAGGAUGUAGUGCUUAUUGAACUAGAAUGUUUGGAGCAUUCUGAAUUUGAAGAUUCUCCAAUCUUUUUCUACUAUUAUUCCAAUGACGGUAAAGAUAACUGGACAGGAUAUGAAUUAGAAACCACUGUUUCCGAUGAGGAUGGUUUAUGGACUAUCCCAGACAAAGAUGCCCUAAUCGCUCACAUUAAGGAGAAUGAUAACAAGAUAAUUUUUGAGAGGCUUAAGAAAGAACUUACCGGUAAGCUUACUAUGUAUUCCUCAUCAGUGAGUGACAAGAAGAGGAAAGAACAAGAUAUUGUAAAGGAAAUUGAUAAAAGCACAGAGAAGAGGGAAUCAACAGAAUCUAUGCCAAACUCUAAAUUUGCACCAAAGUCCGAGCAUGACAUUCAUUCCGGAGAAAAAUUCGAUGCUCUAGGAUGUGGCAUUGGAGUAACCUUUGGUAUAAUAGCAAUAUGUGUUGGUAUAUAUUUGGUAUUUCCUUCCAUUAAAAGAUUCACACAUCAUCAUACCAUUCAAAAGUUUAUGUACCGUCGCUGCAUUUAG